AUGUUGUCGAGACUGCUCGGAUUCGGUGGUUCGCUGUCUAAGAAAGAUUUGGGGAAGAUUGAGGAAGUUGUGGAGGUCUGUAGCGAUGAUUGUGGUGCAUGUUCGUAUGACGAUAACGCAGAGGUGUCGAAAGCCGAGGCCAAUUACUCUAAAUUGAAGAUCGAUAUGGAUGGGGCGUUGUUUGGAAGUUCCAAGAGCUCCAAAGUUCAUUUCAUAGUGCCCACUUCGCAGACAGACUGGGCACACGACGCGUGCAGUGAGAAACGCGGCAGUGUUCAAGACAAACUGGCAACCUGGAUUGAUAACAACAAGAGCAAGUUUACGAAGACCAAAGCCGCUGGCGACGUGUUACGCUGCAGUGUGUCGUCGUUGCCCAUCGAUAUCAUGGACCUGGAUGUGAUGCGGGGCGAGAAAAACAACAUUUUGGUAUUGCCGCACUUCCUGUGGAUCCAAGACGUGAAAGCGACGCAAAUUGGGUCCCUAUUGGAUGAGUACGUACCACUUUUGGUGGACAACAAACGCGACGAGCUUUUAAGCAAAGAAAACGUCAUUGAGGCCAAACAAGAAUCGUUUAUGUUCCUGUGUUCCCACAAGACGCGUGACAAACGUUGCGGUGUCACUGCACCCGUAUUGAAGCGGUUUAUGGACCAGGAAUUGCAAACUCAUGGCCUGUACCGAGACGCGUCGGAUUUUUCACCCAAUGGGGCGACUGUGGCGUAUAUAAAUCACGUUGGAGGUCACAAAUUCGCCGCAAACGUUGUCAUAUACUUGCGGAAAUCGCAUUCUAUGGUCUGGCUCGCGAGGGUGUCUCCGAAGCACGUCAAAGCUAUCGUUGACAACAUUAUUCUGCCCGACACACCGAAAUUGCCAUGGCCCGAGAAAGUUCGCUGUGUGGAAAAAUAUGGAGAGUGGUGA